AUGUCGAAUAAUUUUAUUAUUUACGCGCUAACUUAUCUUGUUUUCAUCAACGUGGUUAAUUCAAGAUUUGUGGCACUGGAUAUUACAAAACAGUGGCUAGAAACAGAACCAAAUGACAGCUUAAAUAAAGCAGUUGAAGCCUUAUUACAAAAACCAAUAAGAGUGAAACGCAGUGCAAUCGUGUAUAAUAAAUGCCCUUUAGGAUUUAAAAGGAUGCCUCCGCCUUUGCUGUGUGUUAGUUGCGAACAGUACGAAACAAUAACGGGGGAUCCAUGUUGA